GUCAAAUCGAACAAGGUCGUUUUACGGAGCGAAAUAACGUGCAGAAUACAACAAAAAUCUGAUAUCAACGUUCGAUUCGCGCAAGAGAUAACAAUGAAUCGCGCUCCGCAAGUUAAAAUUUUGGAACAGCCAGCUAGACAUCAGACGUGUUGCUCGAAACAGCGCUACGUGUUCUCACCCUCGAUCGACGGAGUUCACAGCCGGGGUCAAAGAAAAACAUUUCCCGUUGUGCAAAUUCGAAAUUGGAAAGGUCCUCUCAAGAUAAUCGUGUCGUGCGUGACGAAAGAUCCGCCGCACUAUCCUCAUCCCUUUCGACUGGUCGGCGAGGAAAAAUGCGCGAACGGAGUUUACGUGGAAUUGAUUCCGAAAGGAAGCGGAAACAAGUACGUUAUUUUGUCGGACGUUGGCAUCGAAAGCGUAACGGGAACGGACGUCGCGAACUCCAUCGGCGAACGAAUGUACAUGAACGAGGAUCCCUUUAACACUGGCUUCAGAUACAUUCUGCCGAAGAACGAUCAAACGAUGUUGAGAUUAUGCGCUCAUGUGUAUCUGCAAGGUACGCAGAAGGACUCGUACGACAUCGCUCUGGCACCCGUUGUAUCCAAAUCUAUACACAUCAUAGGAGUCAAAAAAAAAGGUCGCUCUUUCUCGACGCACUCAAGCUCGUCUUCCUCGGAAGACGAAGAACCAUCAUUCCCGCAAUUUGCAAAGAUAAGGGUCGGACUUGAAGAUUCAUCUGCUGAUUUGGAUCUUCAGCGUCAUCGUUCGAUUUGAUACUUGCGACUUCACAGCUUUCGAUCUUCCCGAUGUAACGAGCCACGCGCCUACAUCAUACAGAGAUAUAUAUAACAAACUUUUUUAUAUACAGCGACUAAAACAAUUACUAGAAAAUUCGACGAACAUGUUUUAUUUUCAUGUUUGUUUUAUUAAUCUUCGCGCAUCAUCACAUUGCUUUAAAAAAUAACAUGACAAACUUUGAAGUCUCUUUGAAUCUCAAAAUUACUAGAGCGCAGUUUUUAUUAUCGCGCGAACAAAAUCCCCUUCUUGGGGUCGGGAAGGCUGAUGUGAAAAUAAAUAAACAAAUAAAAUAUUGCGCGAACCAAAAAAAUGGAGAAAUCGCGACUUUGUGUGUUAA